AUGCAGACGCAGACGCAGUCGUCGGGUUCGGGGCCUGCAUCCUACCCGCCUCUGCCUGCCUCGCCCACGCUGACGAACCCAGACAUGAUAUUACCCGACUACGACGACAUGGCUUCUUCCCCAGAUCGCUCACAUUCUCCCCUGAUCAUGUGGAAGAACGCACACGUCGCCGAUAUGCAGUUCGAUCUGUCCACCCAGUCCUUCACGACGGGGCUGAUGUCCCCUACCACCCCGAUCAUAUAUGGGAAUGGAACGAUGCUGUCUGACAUCGGUGAAGUCACAGAGGUGGAGAGUACCUGUCCAACGAGGUCACGCUCGGCAUCCAUACGCAACGACUUUCCCACGCGGUCUACCCCUACAAUGACCUACGACGCUUCCAUGAAAAAGGAAUUGAAACUUGCGCGCGAAAGGCGUGCGUCAAUUGAUUCAACCAGCACCGUUACGGCCAACGAGCAAGUUGGGCUGUUUGCAGACUUCGACGAUUCCGUCAGCAUCGACGAUAGCAACUUCCAAGGGGACGACGAAUUCCAAGGGGACGACGACGAAGAAAGCGUAGCGGACUCGUACAUUGAUGAUGCUGAAAUGCAGGAGUCGAUAUCGCCAGCCAGGGAGCUGCCAAACGGCUUCGGCGAGGAGCGAUAUUCUACCGCUCUAAGCCGUAGAGCCGAGCAAAUUCUAGCAAACGCCAAACGGCGGUUGACGACUAUGGAGGGCAAUCUGAGUCGAGCAAGGACCUCGCUCAAUUCUCCAACCCUAUCCUCCCUGGGAUCCGAUGCGACACCGUCACCACCCAUGAUCCGGCCGGCGACAACAGUCUACCACGAGAAUGACGCAAGCCACCGCGAGAAUUCACACGCACAUACCAGGGUUUCCAGUGAGGGCAAUCUUCCAACUGAGCGCAAGCCCAACGCGUACGCGCAGAGAUCCUCGAGUGCUCUGGGCUCGGCUGGUGGGUAUCGACAGCCGCUCCAGACCUCUCGCAGCGCUGAGUACAGACGCGACGAUCGCAAGAACAGUCCCAACGGCAACUCGAUUUACGGGAAUGCGUCUUUCGCCAAGACUAAAAUGUCUUUGCGUGUCAUUGAUCGCGGACUCGAACCUUUGAGCGAAGAUGAACCUGUCGUGGCAUUGGACUCCUCGAGGCCCAGCUUAGAGGAUGAUAGGGUGGAUUCUUUCCUCACUCCGACCUUUGGGACCUUUCAGGAAAAGAGCCUGAGACGGUCGGCAUCUUCAGCACAUAUAGGAGACCUGAAAGACCAGAUGAAUGAUUUGAAAGGGAGGCUGUCGACGCUAAGGGACCAGGCACGUGCUGACAGCAUGAAGCGUCGGAGUCUCCAGAGUUUGCGGACACCGAGCCCCUUCACUCACGCACACCAAUGGUACGCUGAAACGAAUGGCCACGACGAGAGCGACCCGGUCGAUGAUGAUCCAAACUCACAUCCCACUGAGGGCGACAACUCGAGUGCAAACCAUCGCAAUGUGGAUCAUGUGGGACACCAGAGGAUUCUGGAAGAGGACGAAGAGUCUCUCGCGAGUGGCUACACCGAUGCUGAGGAGGACAUCCCUCCAACAAGAUUGACUCCUGCCGGUACUCGAGCACAUGCUCCCGACAAGAGUGCGAUAUCAACCAUGAGCCGAGAAGAGGAAGGUAUCGACUACCAGGAAGACAUGAAGACUGAGGAUGGUUAUGAUGAUGCAGUACCGAACAAUGGGGACGAUUCCGGAAGCGAGAGUGGCGAGUCAUCGUAUCAUGAUUCUGUCCAGAAUCAGGUGUCUCACGAGGAUCGUGAAGAUGCCUUUGACUACGAGCACUUCUUUUUGCACAGCGCAAUGGGAAGUAUGAGUCAAAAGCGAUUGAAUAGGAGCGGGAGUUUCAGCUCUGAAGAGUCGGUGGAGACCACUAAGGGGCCAACUCCGUCUGCCAAAUCGAGAACGAGCGCUGGUAAGAACAGGGGUCGAUCUCGACCAAGCAGUACAGGUUCGAUAUCCACCAUAGAAUCAUUUGCAACGGCCACCGAGGGUAGAAUCACCAGAGCAGACAACAAGGAGAUUGAGGACUACCACGAGCAGGUUGUCGAGUUACCCCACCGUGCCCGAACACAUACGCCGGAGACAGCAAGGCGAACUGAUUCUGCGUCUGAAAGGAGCGAUUCCGGCUCCGAUGGGAGUCGACUACGAAAGUUAGGCACCAACUGGCCUCAAAGUAGUGCAUCUUCCUUUUCGCACCGCCCAUCAGUGUCAUCUCUCGAAUCGACUGGCACUACCAGGAGCUUUCCACUGGUCAAUCGGGCCAAGAUGAACGACGGCGUUCUUACGCCACGUGACUCGCCAGACCAAGUACUCAAACAGAUUUCGGAGGCACUCAUGAACGACACCGCCAGCAUAUGCGAAAGCGUCAAUGACGGAGGAAAGACGGCCCCGAUUGAGAUGCUCCAGAAGGAAGACCAAAUUCUUGUCGAGCGGUUAAUCGCAGACCUAGGCCGAUGUGUCCUCGGGUUGGCUGAAGCCGGGCGCGCCAGCACCGAGAGCAGGGUGUACCGAAGGAAGAUCGAGGCAGCCCGGCGGAUCUUGGAGGGUUUGGAUGACCCUGCGUUAUGA